AUGUGUCUAGCGGAGGCGAAGAUCUGGCCUGUUGACACCAUGAUGAUAUGGAAAAUAGAAUACAGGAGCACAAAGAAGUUUUGGUCAGCGUACGUGCCCUGUGGAGCAGCACAACUAAACGCAGUUCAGCUUUCUUUAGAACAAAUUGACGUAAUUCGCAGGCUUGCAGAAAUGAAUGCUCAACAUCUAACUUUAGUUACUACUGUUAAAGAUUUGAUCGAGACUCACCGGGAGGGUAAAAUUGCCAGUCUGAUCGGGGUCGAGGGUGGUCAUUCCCUCGGGAAUUCACUAGGAGUGCUCAGGACAUUUUAUGGCCUGGGGGCCCGUUAUCUCACCCUCACGCAUGCCUGUGACACUUCCUGGGCAGUCUGUUCGCUGGGUGAAACGAACAACACUGAAGGCACGGCGCCGGGGCUCAGUGAGUUUGGAAAGGCCGUCGUUAGGGAACUAAACAGGCUAGGGAUGCUGGUGGACCUGUCUCACGUUUCAACAAGAACGAUGAGAGCAGCCCUGCAGACGACAAGAGCGCCGGUGAUUUUCUCGCACAGCGCUGCGAGGGCUCUAUGUAAUUCCACCCGGAACGUGCCGGACGACGUGCUCAGAAAUCUGGCAAAAAAUGGAGGUGUAGCUAUGAUUCCCUUUUAUACGUACUUUAUAACGUGCAAUAACACAGCAACAAUCAAGGACGUGAUCGCGCACAUCAAUCACAUAAGGAAGGUGGCGGGAAUCGAUCAUGUCGGUAUAGGAGCCGGAUUCGAUGGAAUAAAUUUUACUCCUGUCGGCUUGGAAGAUGUUUCGAGGUACCCUCAACUACUAGCGACUUUAUUAGAGGAUCCUAUGUGGUCCGAGGAAGAUAUCAAAAAAUUGGCUGGUCUUAACUUGCUGAGAGUGUUCGCCAAAGUCGAACAGGUGCGAGAUGAAUGGCAGAGGGCAGCAGUGUUACCAGUUGAAAAAAUAAGCCCACCUGAGAACUCAGCCUGUGUAUAUGGAGUGUCCUGA